UCGAAUGAGCGGAAUUAAGAAGGAUGAACAAAAGCAAGAGUGUCGCGUGUCAUUUUCCCAUCACGCAGACAAAAAUCUGCUUUUAUCAAGCUUUCACACGCCACACCGCCUCUAGAGAGAGCCUCUGAUUGCAGAGCGGAGAGCCGAGCGGAUCCUGCCAUUGUCUCUGGUAUCAUUUUGAUUCGUACUGUGCAGCGUUUUCACUAAUGCACACCAGCGCAGGCCCGGAGCGAACGUGAGCGGCUUUGAUGGCGUCUCUGCUGCUGUCACCGUCCGUCUUUGAUCCUGCAUGCUGCCGUCUGAAGCGUCGAUUCCCCGGAUUCGCUGCACAUGGUUUUGAAGUCCAGAAAACAUUGCGAUGUUUGUAGCGUAGUCAGCAGUUGCCAUGGUUACAGAAACUGACUCCGUAUCCUUGAGCAGAGUUUCCGAGCAGCACUGCAGAAAUAGCAUUUUCUCGGUGUCGUUCUGUACAAAUAUUUGUGCGAACUUGCCUACACCGUAAAAUCUAAUUAGAUAGGCUUGCUUAAAAAACAUGCAAACCCGUUGCCUUUUUCUGAAAUAUUUGACAUUUCGGUGUUUAAGAUGACUUUGGGAAAUGACUGAAUGCAUCUAGAGUGAAAAGUCUAAUAGCCAAAGCUUAGAAAUGGCUCUUUUUCUUAACUAAUUGGCACAAAACAUGCUCUAAUCUACUUCAGAUUAAUGUUACUGGUUACUUUGUGCCUACUUGAAUAUUUUAAGUAAGUGUCACUCAAAGCAGUAAGUCGUUUUAUUCACCUUCAAAUUAGCUGUAACUUGAUCAAGUCUCGUAAAUGUAACAACUAAGUAGAGAUAACUAAUUAUAUCCAAGUAAGGUAAACCAUUGGAUUUUACAGUAACUAAUUUUUUAUCAGUUUAAGCAAAUUUGCAUGGGCGUGUAAGAUACGUUUUUACAUUGAAUUAAGUUUGGUUUGAUGGAGACUUUUUUAUGACUUUUCUAGAUAUUGUGAGAAAUAGUCUGCAAACCAACCUGAUCGUGUCCAUCUUCUCUCUGGCCGUGUCGGACACCCUCGGUGACUACAGUCCGGAGCAGUAACAGAAACUCAAAAUAUGCGACAAUAUAACACCACAUUAUCUGCUCUGUCUCACUGAUAUUCUUGGCUCGGUUUUAAAUGGCUGACAAGCAGAUAAGUCUGCCAGCUAAACUCAUCAAUGGAGGCAUUGCCGGGUUAAUUGGUGUCACUUGCGUGUUUCCGAUUGAUCUGGCAAAAACUCGCCUCCAAAAGCAGCAAAACGGAUCUCGCAUCUACGCCGGCAUGUCUGAUUGUCUGAUAAAAACCAUCCGAUCUGAAGGAUUCUUUGGGAUGUACAGAGGAGCUGCGGUUAAUCUGACUCUGGUAACUCCAGAAAAGGCCAUCAAGCUGGCUGCCAAUGAUUUCUUCAGACACCAGCUCUCCAAGGAUGGGCAGAAGUUGACGUUGGUUGGAGAAAUGUUAGCUGGCUGCGGCGCUGGUACCUGCCAGGUGAUUGUAACCACUCCUAUGGAGAUGCUAAAGAUCCAGCUGCAGGAUGCCGGCAGAAUAGAGGCCCAGAGGAAGCUCAUUGGCCAGAAUGCUGGCGGAGGCGGGGCCAAAGUGAAUGUCGUUCAGCUGAAGUCUCCCACAGGCCUCCAACUCUCCAGAGAUCUGCUGAAGGACAAAGGCAUCGCUGGUCUCUAUAAGGGGCUGGGGGCCACUCUAUUACGGGAUGUGCCCUUUUCCAUCAUCUACUUCCCACUGUUCGCUAACCUGAAUAGCCUGGGCAGGAGGAACUCUGACGGUUCGGCUCCGUUUUACAUCUCCUUCCUCGCCGGCUGUUUUGCGGGCUGCGCCGCAGCUGUUGCGGUCAACCCUGUGGACGUGGUAAAGACCAGGCUUCAGUCUUUAGCUCGUGGAUGUCAGGAAGACACGUACAGCGGAGUGAAAGACUGCGUCAGCAAGAUUCUCCGUCACGAGGGUCCCUCUGCGUUCCUGAAGGGCUCUUACUGCCGCGCGCUGGUCAUCGCGCCGCUGUUCGGCAUCGCUCAGGUGCUUUACUUCCUGGGAGUCGGGGAAGUUGUUCUCAGCCUCCUGUCUCCUGGACAAAAACGCUGAAUCUGUACAGCUGAUGAAGGAGCUGAUCUCGGGACAGUGGCUUGUGUUUGGACUGCAGGGGGUUCAGAUCAAGCCUAUCAGCACGAGAUGACAGUAGCUCCGUUUCAAAACCUAGGGCUCCUUGCGUCAGGAGAUCCUGGCAGGUUUGAGUCGUGGGCAGGCCAUGCUUUGUUCUGAGCUAUAGCUAAAAUCAACAGAUAAUUAAUGCUAAAUUACGCAGAUUUAGAUCAUUAUAACCGUUUAGUUAAAAUUUGAUCAUGCAUUAAAAAAUAUAACUAUUAUAACUGUAUUUUUUUUGAGCAAGGAUGCAUUGGAUUGAUGAAGACAUAACUGUUAUAUAUGACUAUAACAAAUAACUGUUUUCGGACAAAGAAUCAAAUAAAUCCUGAAGGAAUAAAUAACCUUUUAAAAUAUAUUAACAUAUAGAACAGUUAUAUGUUUUGAUUUGAUUAAAUAAACGUUUUUUGAUUAAAUAAAUGCAUUAUAAAAACAUUAUAAACCUCACCCGUCUUUGAAAAUAGAUUUGUAUCUUAAGCUACUUUAAAUAUUUCGGUAUUGCAAAUUAUUGAAAGACAUAUUCAGAAUGAGCCGUUUAUGAAAAUAAUUAAACAAUGUUCAGAUGUUCUGCCAAAUGAGCGAGAAUGAUUCUUUGUGAGAUCUGUGAUCAGAAAGUGUUUUACUUUUAAGCUUUUAAGCGGCUGGUUCCUCAGUGCAGCAUUUCACUGAAUCGACUUUACCUUGCUCUUAUCGAAACUGAAAGGGAGGCUGUCUUUGAACUUGUGUCUGUCCGUUAAAACAUAAUCCUUCGUGAUUUAUGCAAGUUCUUCAAAACACGUUUUUAAAAGAAUCUAUAUGUUACGGACCGAAUUAAUUGCAGAACUUGGUUCUUAGGGUUAGAGAUUUUCAGCAAACCCUGAGCAGAAUAUUACCCCAGUGCAAAAAAUCAAUUUCUAGCUCAGUAUUUUUGUUUUCCAGUCCAAAUUUUUAAGAUUUCUUAUAUCAAGGAAUAUUCACUUGAGAAGCAAAAUGACAUGUAUCAAAAUUUGUGCUGUUGUAUGAUUAAUUGCAUGAAAAAGUUUUCUUUUGCAUGAUAUAAG